AUGGAGUAUGUUGUAGUCAAUGAUGAUGAUGUUGACGAUGAUGAUGAUGAUGAUGAUGAUGCUGUUGAUGAUGAUUACAAAACUCAAAAUGAAUGUACUAAUAAUCUAAGACAAGCUCAAACUAUUGUGAAUUCAUUCAAUUUCUUAACUUAUUAUAGGAAACGAUAUUCUGAUACAAAUUUAGUGAUCCGUAAUCAACAUCAACAAAGAAAAUUGAUUAAAAUUCAUACUUAUUCAGCAUGCUGUUGGCUGGUUGUGACCAUUUUCAUAACAUUAGCUUAUGUAACUAAGAAAAACUUUUCGGAGUAUUCAAAUAACCGAAUUGUAAAGCAAACCCAACGUUGUUUUACUUGUGAUAACUAUGCAAGUUUGUCGGAGAAUUCUGGUUUUCGUCCUGGACCAGGGACCGGAUUGGCAUGGUUUGGUGGAAAACCGGUAGUUGGCGGUUGGACUAGUAUGUCAAGUAAUGGCAAUCAAAUACGAAGUGGGCUGACUGCUUUACAAGUAUCAAGAUUAUGUUCUGAACGAGUAAAUCGUUCAGCAAUCAAAUUACUUAUCGAUUCGGAAAAUUAUGGGAAGUGUGAAAAUGUAAAUUACAACGGUUGCGCUAAAAUUGUUACAAAAAGUUGGAGAGUUCGACCACAACUUGGUGUACCGUUGUUGGCUGCUGUAGUUGUAUCACGUACAUGUGCUGCUAUCCCGGAAGGAUAUGGUGUGGGUUGUUUUAAAUCAGUUGGUGGUGCUGGAAUGCGGAGAACUGUAUGCUACUGUCGAGGAAACUUCUGUAAUUAUUCUACAAAGACAAAAGAAAUUAACAAAUAUUUCAUCUUUCUUGUUUUGAUAAUUAUUGCCUUCCAGUGAGAUCACUUCUUGGUUUUGUGCCCUUCCAUUAGGUUUUCCAAUAAAAAACGAUGUUUUAUCAACAGAAGCCAAGCUGAGAUGGUCUCUGAUAUUAUUUCAUUUCGUAACUUUAGUUAUUGAGACUGUAUUCUCAUUACGCUACACACUUCACAAUAAAGUGAUAACCGUUCUCUUUCGAAUAUUGUUUUAUAUGUUAUCGAACUCUUGUUUGAUUUUCAGUUAUAGAUAUAACUUUCGUUUUGUCAAUAU